GUUUAUGAUUAAGGGGACACAACUGCAACAUUCAUGACAUUUAAAAUCGUAUGUUUUUGUUCCGGUUAUUGAUUGUACAGCUUACGACGAUACUACAAUUAAUGAAAUUACUGCUUGAACUACACGCACACACAAACGCAAUGAUUUAAAACUACAAUGGAAGGCUCACGACCUCAAGUGUACAUCACUCGUACAGAAUCGUUCAGCGCAUGUCACAGACUACACAGUAACAAACUUAGUGAUGAGGAAAACAAGAAACUAUUCGGGAAGUGUAAUAAUCCAAAUGGACACGGACACAAUUACAAGGUCGAGGUCACAGUCCGUGGUGGCGUCGACACAGUCAAUGGUAUGGUAUUGAAUCUCGUUACUUUGAAAGACUACAUGGAUCAAUGUAUAAUGAAGGUGCUAGACCAUAAAAAUAUAGACAAAGAUGUUUUAUAUUUCAAAGACAUUGUUAGUACCGCAGAGAAUAUUGUAGUGUUCAUAUGGAAACAGUUAGAAGAAGUAAUACCUAAAGACUUGUUAUAUGAAGUUAAGUUACAUGAAACGGAUAAAAACGUGGUCUAUUACAGAGGAGAAAUGUUUAAAAACAGAUAAAAACGUGGUUUGUUACAGAGGAGAAAUGUUUAAAAACGGAUAAAAACGUGGUCUAUUACAGAGGAGAAAUGUUUAAAAACGGAUAAAAACGUGGUUUACUGCAGAGGAGAAAUUUUUAAACGGGACAAUUCUCCUUAAACUGUAGAUUUAUAAAUAUA